AGGAUAAGGCGAGCAUUUGUAAUUUAUGAAGUGUCGAACGAAGAUGUUUCAAAUAUUUGUCUUCACUACCAUGUGCUGCUUUGUAGCCCACGGUCAGUCCACGGCAUGCAUGAACGCUAAGGGAAAGUACACAGAGAAGGCGUUCGCUUGCGAGGACAAACUGUCAGAAGAGAGCUGCGAAGCACUUUACCCUUUACCCUCAAGUGGGACAGAGCCAACUGUUGGCGGAAAUCAGUCUAGACCUGAUGCUUGUUGGUCGAAGGGUAGUGAUGGACAAACACUAGAUAAUAAAGUUGUCAAGACUGCUGCGAGUUUGUGCCCAAAGAGAUGUGCAUUAUGCUGCAAGUCAGCGGCGUUUGACUGUGAAGAUGACAACAGUCUUGACUGCUCCAAAGCGAAACAGUAUUGCAAGAACUCAGUAAUGAAAGCCGAGCUGGAUCUGGCAAACAAGUGUCCGAAAACGUGUGGAUUGUGCGAGGAGAAAAAUGCAGGAUGUACGGAUUCAAUGGCAGACUGUGACAAAUCCCUGUGCUAUUAUCCGGGUUUUGCGGAUGUAAUGAAGAAACAGUGCAAGAAAACAUGCGGUUUCUGUGAUGAAACAGCCACCACUACUCAAAAACCAGUUACCACUACUCAAAAUGGAACUGUUCCUACUUCCGCUUCAACGGAAGCCACCACAACUAUCCCUUGUGGAGCAGACUCGAGAUGUGCGAUAUGGAAGGAGAAUGGGUUCUGUGGUAAUAGCUUCUAUAAUUAUGAGUACAAGAAGAAAUUCUGUGGCCAAGUUUGCAAUAUAUGUUGA